AGUCACCAGUGUGGAGGUGGCGUCGUGAUGGGCACCAGACGUUUUCGUAUAAACCACUCUUGCUGUAUCUUCGGCGCCAGUCGCAUACAACCCUACGACGGCGCGCCGCCUGCUCGUCUAAACAUUCGCAUUGUGAUCGAAUCGUGAACAUGACAUAACGAAAUCAAGGAAAUUCUAUUAUUAUUCUGUGAAAGUGCUAACGUGAUUAAAUACUACUGGAAUUGGGAUUUCUUGGAGUUAAGAUGGCGAAGCUGCACCACGUAGUUCUUGGCAUUCUCAUCUUGCAAAUAUACGUCCAUGCUGCUCCCAAUGACGUCAGCAAGUUGGAAGAUAUUGCCAAAGUGGAACAUGCCGACUCCAAAGUAGAACAAACAGAGACAAAACUUGAAGCAGAACCGAAACUUGAUGAUAACCCAAAACUUGAUGCAGACCCAAAACUUGAUUCCGAACCGAAACUGGAUUCACAACCAAAAGAGAUAGAAAUUGAUGAAAACUUGACAGAAACGCAACGGCAAAAGAGAUGGUACAAUCCUUACGGAUAUGGAUUUCCACCCAUUAACCCAUUAAUUUACCCCAGCCUCAAUAUAAGAGACGAAAACCCCAACUCAAGUUUCUAUGGGGGAGAAGAUCCUUUAGAGCAAAUACAUAAACGAAUACAAGAGAUAGCUCAUGCUGUUAGGCAGCCGCCUAUACCACCUCCGACCCACUUCCCUAUAUUCUAUCCAGUGCUGUUUAUUCCCUCAGGAGACUGUAAUUGUAACCCAAGCACGCCACAACCCAAUACACCUACAAGACCCCAAACUAACGGUACGGCACCAUCGGUAAAUAACCGUUGGCCCGUAAUGGAAGACGAGAGACAGAACUGGGGCUUUGUGAUCAAUGAAACCGAUUCAGAUGAGGAUGUAGAUUUCAGUAGACCGAUUUCGUUUGAUCCUAUCAAAUUGGAUAGACCUAUGAGGCCACCGCCUCCUGUGGACCAUGGAACUGUGCAAAGCGAUAGUAUGAACAAUCAAAAUCAGCCUAACCAAGCUGAUGCUAGCCCCGGAAAUUCGCCUAUGAUGCCACAAACGACAAGACGACCUCCGAUUCCACCUUCAGUGCAGGGUAGACCUCCAUCGGGCUUAGCACCUCCCAGUCCUUGUGAUGGUGCUAUUCUGACCUGUUGUCAUCAGGCCCAAGUAGCCUAUGAUUGUUUCGCAGUUCAGGGCUGCCCCGACCUCACUGGUUACGGAAACCCGUGUGACCCAAGUCUUAUUCUACGCGUUAUCGAGAGGUUCCAGACUUACUAUGGACAAAGAAAAGGAUGAUGCUCAAAGAUAAAGGAUUUGUAGUGAAGUCCUUUGCAAAGCUUUUCUUUUCAGCUCGUAGUUUAAUCUGUAAUUUAUAAUGUAAUAUAGGAAAGUUGCUAGUUUAUACUAGUGAUAUAGCAAUAAAUAUGCUUCAACCAAACUCUUGGAUACUUGGCUAGGAAAAUAAGGUCUCAUAAAAUAUUCCAAAUGUCAAUAACCAAACCACAUUGCAAAAAACUGUGUAGAAUCUAAUCAACUGAAAAUACAUAUAUAAACACGAAAAACUAAUUGAAAUACACGCUUUAUUUAAGAAAAGUAAACUAUUCAAUGUUUUGUAAUAAACUAAGUAUUUCUUAUCUUAUUGCAUGACAUUAUUAUGUAGUUAUCGUUAUUAAAAAUCGUACAGUGCUGGCAAAAUGUAAAUACUCGAAAUAUAUUUUUAUACUCAUUCAAGUACAAUGUAAGGAUAGUAACAAUGUUCCUAUCAUCUAUGUAUGUAACAAAACUGCGUACGUGACAAUAAAUCAAUUGAUCAUGGACUGUAA